ACAUCCAACUCGACGGCUGAGGUCGAUGCUGAGCGGGGAAAGCAUACGAAUGGAUGACUUGAUACGGUGAGGAAAAAGAAGAAGAACAAGAAGAAGAAAAACCAUUAAAAUACAACCCGGAGAGGAUCGUUUCAGAGAGACGGAAAAAGGGGACACAACUUUUUAACGCGAAAGGACUAUUCUUGUUAAGGACACCCUCCUCCGCUGUCUGCAGAUGAACUUCGAACAGCCCCCUCCGUACCCUGGCCCCAGCCCCUCUGCCCCAGGGUACCCCACUCCCGGAUACCCUGUUCAGGGGUACCCCAUCCAAGGAUACCCGGCCCCGGGGUACCCCUCCCAGGGAUACCCUGCCUUCACAGAGCAGCCCAACCCUGCCUACCCCCACUUCCCCCCGGGGCCUGCCGAUCCUUAUAUGGGGCAGCCGAGCUACCAGGCGUACCCCGUGCACCCCCAGGCGCAGUAUGGAUGGCAGAAUGCCCCACCGGUCGGACCGAUGUACGGAGAGGCCCCAAAAAACACAGUGUACGUGGUAGAGGAGAGGAGACAUGAUGACUCGGGAUCAAAUGCCUGCCUCACUGCUUGCUGGACGGCCUUCUGUUGCUGCUGUCUCUGGGACAUGCUCACCUAACCCCUCUGAACUCCACCUCAUGACCCCUGACCCCCUACCCUCCCAGGCUAUCUACAGUCCCACUCCAAAGAUGUGCUCAUCUGGAUGAAAUUCCAGGACUCUCCGCUAACAGUUUCAACCUUUUUGGCCUGUGUGAAGAGGUCACUGCAGAGGACAUUUCCAAAAAAUAAGCUCGCAAAGUGAGAAGAUUCUCCUGACACAUUGUUUUAUUUUGCAAUGUUAACUGUAAUUAUCCAACAUGCUUUGUGAAAAGUGAAAAGAAAAUUUGACUGUUCUUCUGUCUGAAAGGAUCUGUCGUUUAAGACUGAGAGUUUAGCAUCCACUCCUUAACCCUGUAUGUGUCCAGCCCUAAAGAACAGCCACUGCACUUUACAGAGCUGGAUUCUGAAGACUCCUGGGAGAAUUGCUCCUUCCUCCGGUUAAUUCUCUCAGUGUUUCAAUGUUGUUCCACAACAGCAGGGGGUGCUGCAGAGUCUUUUUUUUUAAAUUAACUAAAAUAAGUCAAAAAUCAAUUCCAAUCA